AUGUUGGUUAGCCAACUUCAACUAACAAAGUGGCAGGUUACCUUAGUACUGAACAGAGUGGACAAGGUCAGGGUAAGGUGUAUACCUUUGGGUAGGGAGCUACAGCCACAGCUACUACGCCACACACGCAUAUAUGUGGCUGGCUGUUCAAGCGUUAUUUUCAGUGAGCCGACAGGAUCCACUUCACCAUCCAAUCCACGCGCACCGAUUUGCUACUCGGCCAAGGUACGGGUGAACUCAAGAGCCGGAAGCACUUCACGAUUACAACGUCAAACGAACCGCGAUUCAACGAUUAGACAUUGUCCGACCCGCGCAAAGCCUCGACAUAUACUCAAUUGGCUCAAGAUGGCGUCGGGAUACGGAAUGAACGGCGGCGUUGGCCGCUGCUUUCCCUUCUGGCAGGAGGUUAUGGGUUGCUAUGUGGUCAACACCACUGCCGCUGAUGACUCUGGCAAGAAGAAGUGCGGUCUGGUUCUCGAAGAUUACUACGAGUGCCUCCACCACAAGAAGGAGCAUGCUCGAGCUCUCGCUAUGCAAGCCGCCUACGCCCGAAGCGAGUCCGCUACAGCACGCGAUGAUGCGCCCAGCGUUAAACAAAUAAGGAGUCUAGGACUCAUCGACAAGGAGGAAGACACGAAGAAGGUGCUGGGACAAAGCUAGACGACGUACGGAUCUGGAAAUACUCGAUGAAUGAUACUCGAAUGCUAUUUAUGCUUGCCGGAUUACCUGUAUCGCUCGACUACACAUGAAGGAAUAAACCUUGGGUUUGCUCAAGCUGCCAAUCGUGACAACGUCCAAACCACCUGGGGCUUUUGACAAGCUAUCGAAGGUAGGACUGCCUGCUGCUUCGAUACGAACAGUGCAUUCAACAAACCGCUUUGAGCGAAUUCGACAAUGACAACACCAUGCAAGUUGGGAUUGUGCUUUAGAGAACCUUAGCCACCAUUACUUAACCCCGUUGAUGUACGGAGCCAUGUGAUAUGAACCAGGCGAAGGGCGGCCUUAUUCAGA